AUGCUACCCCACGAAUGUUUUGUGGUACUGCGUGGAGGACAAGGGCAUCGUAGAAUAUUCGGUAAUGACUUGGUGGACGCACGGUUCGGAUACCAACAUUUCUACGAUUUUGAAAAGUGGGUUGGAGCAACUCCCAUAAAAGGAGAUGACGGUAAAUUAUGGGGAAUGACAGGAGAUGACGGUAAAUUAUGGGGAAUGACAGGAGAUGAUGGUAAAUUAUGGGAAAUGACAGGAGAUGACGGUAAAUUAUGGGGGAUGACAGGAGAUGGCAGUAAAAUCUGGGGGAUGAGAGUAUAUAAUGGAAAAUACCAGUAG